UAAAAAAAGACAGAGAUAUAUUUUCACAUUAGCUGGUCUAGAGGAAGCCCACAAAAAAAGGCAGACAUGUAUGGACCAACAAGUCACAGGAGAUUUCGAGAUGUGUUCAACUUCCUCUGCUGAGUUUCACACAGCAAGAGAUGACUAUAUGCUGAGGUGACAGCCACACAGUCUUUUUUACCUUGGAUCUUCACCUAAUUUCAGCAAGCAAAAGGUCAUUAUGUCCAACAACUCCAUUGCAUGUCACAAUGAAAGUUCAGGCCAAUACAGCAUCUUGCCUGUGUGCAUAUACUCCUUCAUUUCCUCAGUGGGCCUCAUCUUUAAUAUCACAGCACUGGCUUUUUUUUUCCAUAACACCAAAUCCAGGUCACACACAAUCGUCUACAUGACCAACCUUGCCAUAGCAGACACACUGCUCGUCCUUACACUGCCAAUGAGGAUCUACUAUCAUCUGGGUUUUACUGGUCUUCCUCAGUGGUUCUGUGAUGGCCUGGGGUUGGUCCUGAAGGCCAAUAUGUAUGGGAGCAUCUUUCUCCUCACUUUCAUUUGCUUUGACCGUUGCAUGGCUGUCAGCUUUCCUAUGUCAUCGCAUGUUCAGGAAGGGAGACGGAAAGCGCCCGUGGUUUGUCUGGGAAUAUGGAUUCUCACCUUCGGAGCCAGCCUGCCCAUCUACCUGUUCGGGCCUCAAACGGAUUCCCCUAACUGUUUUGAUAACCUGCCUAUCUAUGCCAUACAACUCAAGGUUGUUUUACCAACGCUGUUAAUGGGAUUUGGCUUCCCAUUAGUAAUCAUGCUGAUCUGUUCCUGGGGUUUGGUCAGUUCUGUCCAACAAAGCACUGUGGCCCAGACCAAGCUAGUGGACGGCAGAAAAAUCUACAGGAUGAUCGCUACCAGUCUCCUCAUUUUCCUGAUCAGUUUCCUCCCUUACCAUGCCACCCUGGUUCUCCUGUAUCUUGAUGGACCUACACCCUCAUGUACUGUGCUGACUGCAUACCGCUACAGCCUGAUGGUGGCUUGUCUUAAUACAGUAUUAGAUCCAAUUGCAUAUUAUUUCACCACAGAUACAUUCAGGCGGAGUUUUGAUAUAAGCACUGUUAAGAGGAUGUUCCCCUUGAAUAGUCAAAGCUCUGAGUCGACCGGCAGGAGCAGACGUCCUAGAAAUAGCUAAAGGACUGUUGCAGAACCAAUCGGUAUUAUCACCCAAAAAUCCUCAAAGUUGUUCAGAAAAAAAAGGUGUUUUCAAAUUCAGGAUAUACUGUAUCCUGAAUUUGAAAACUUCAGAUUUGAAGAUUAUUUGGAUACCCGAGCAGCACUCUAGUAUGGGUUAUGCCUUAUUCUUAUCAGUGACCCUUAUCAAAUAUCUGAAUGAUUGCAUUAUAUUAUUGUACUAGACAUAAUUGGAAUUUGGUUAAUGCCUGCCACAAUCCCUAACAGCAAUACUGCUUUUGGCUCUGGGUUAUAGAGGGGUUAAGGUGUUUAUUUAAUCUGUCACUGUGAUGACUGAAGACAUACCAAUGUGGCUGAAUGUGUCAUGUGGGGGAGAGCGUGGCCUAGGGGAUAGAGCGGAUGUUCUGCAACAAGAAGGUUGCCGGUUCGAAUCCCACUCUUUCCGAUCUGUAUGCUUGGCAAGAUAUUGAACCCCUAAAAUGGCCCCUCAUAAAUGCUGAGUGUUCUAAAAAUGUAAGUUGCUUUGGAUAAAAGUGUCAGCUAAAUGACAUGUAAUGUUGAGUUAAUGUUAUAAUAUCCCACAUAAAUGGAGGAUCCAAUUGUUUCAUUGAUCAGUUUUUUCACAUGGAAUAAACCAAGCACCUAGGUAUUUUUUUAUCAAAUAUCUUUGUUUAUCUCAAGUGGAAAUGAAAAACAGAACUGAGAUGAACACAAAUAGAAACGGAAAAUGUAACUUUCAGCUGCCUUUGAUGGUGUAUGUCUCUAACAUGGGAAAAUGUUUCACUAUUUGCUUGUCUGUGCUUCACACAUAUUUCUGAGUAUAAACGGUAUAUCUCUUGCACUCUGUCAAAAUAAAGGUCAAUCAAGAGUU